AGGCAGAAAGUGGUUUGAAGGAGCUGCUUGGUCUUUCAUAGGUAAUUCAGUGAGUAAAGUUGUCCUGUCCAGAGGCAGAACUCACAAACUGAUUGUACUGAGUUUCAAGGUAUUUCCAAGAGAAUGAGUCGGGGGAAGGGAGUUAGGGAGUAGACUGGAGCUUGGGUCACUAUCUGGGCGGCUACAACAGGCAUACAAUGAAAAUAGGUGGCUAGACUGGGGUAAAAAGAUUAACUUAAAUCCCAGCUGUGCAAUUUGUUCAUUGUUUGAAUGGACAAAAGGCAGUUUGCCCAGCUGCAUAGCAUACCUGCCUGGGUGUCCAAAUGUAAUUAGAUGCUUUCACAAACCCCACCCACAAAGCAGCACAUGGUUUUAAGACCUCAGUUUUCUAUUCACAUCGGUCUCAUAAUACCCACCCUGACCUGCUGUAAAAGACCUGGAACAAGCAGAAGUGAUUACACCUACAGUGAAGAUGCACACCAUGUCCUCCUCGCAUCUCUUCUACCUGGCUCUGUGCCUGCUCACCUUCACCAGCUCUGCCACAGCUGGACCGGAGACGCUCUGUGGGGCUGAGCUGGUGGAUGCUCUCCAGUUCGUGUGUGGAGAAAGGGGCUUUUAUUUCAACAAGCCCACUGGGUAUGGCUCCAGCAGUCGGAGGGUGCCUCAGACAGGCAUUGUGAAUGAGUGCUGCUUCCGGAGCUGUGAUCUGAGGAGACUGGAGAUGUACUGCGCACCCCUCAAGCCUGUCAAGUCAGCCCGCUCUGCCCGUGCCCAGCGCCACACUGACAUGCCCAAGACCCAGAAGGAAGUACAUCUGAAGAACGCAAGUAGGGGGAGUGCAGGAAACAAGAACUACAGAAUGUAGGAAGACCCUCCUGAGAAGUGAAGAGCAACAUGCCACCGCAGAAUCCUUUGCUCUGCACGAGUUACCUGUUAAACUUUGGAAUAACUACCAAAAAAUAAGUUUGAUAACAUUGAAAAGAUGGGCGUUUCCCCCAAUGAAAUACACAAGUAAACAUUCCAACAUUGUCUUUAGGAGUGAUUGAUAAAAGGUUUGCACCUUGAAAAAAUUGUCCUGGAGUUGGUAGAUUGCUGUUGAUCCUUUAUCAGUAAUGUUCUAUAGAAAAGAAAAAAAAACAUAUAUAUAUAUAUAUAUACAUAUAUAUAUAUAUAUACACACACACAUAUAUAUCUUAGUCCCUGCCUCUAAAGAGCCACAAAUGCAUGGGUAUUAUGUAGAUCCAGUUGCACUAAAUUCCUCUCUGAAUCUUGGCUGCUGGAGCCAUUCAUUGAGCAACCUUGUCUAAGUGGUUUAUGAAUUGUUUCUUUACUUGCACUUCUUUCUACACAACAUGGGCUGUUUGUUUUA